AUGCUUUCUGGACCGUGCAGGGAGUACACGCCAGGCUUCACCACUCUGAUCGAAUCUGAGACAUUCGCUAAGGGCCUGGACGAGACCGUUGUCCGUGCCAUCUCAGCCAAGAAAAGAGAGCCGGAGUGGAUGCUGGACUUCAGACUGAAGGCUUACAGAAAGUGGCUCACAAUGGCAGAGCCUGCAUGGUCAGACAACAGGUAUCCGCAGAUUAAUUUCCAGGACCUGAGCUACUACUCAGCCCCGAAGCAGAAGUCAGAAAAGAAAAGCCUGGAUGAGGUGGACCCCAAGCUGCUGGAAACCUUCAGCAAAUUGGGGAUUCCCAUCAACGAGCAGAAGCGCCUGGCAGGCGUGAAAGACGUGGCUUAUGACUAUGUCUUCGAUUCUGAGAGCAUUGCCACUACCUUCAAGGCAGAGUUGGCGCAGCAGGGCAUCAUCUUCUGCUCCAUCUCUGAAGCCAUAAGAGAGUACCCGGACCUCAUUCGCAAGCACCUGGGCAGCGUGGUGCCGGUGGGCGACAAUUACUACGCGGCGCUGAACUCGGCGGUAUUUUCGGAUGGCAGCUUUGUGUACAUCCCCAAGGGCGUCAAGUCGGCCAUGGAGCUGUCCACCUACUUCCGCAUCAAUGCCAAGGAGACCGGCCAGUUUGAGCGGACGCUGAUCAUUGCGGAGGACGACUCGGAGGUGUCCUACCUGGAAGGCUGCACUGCCCCCUCCUACGAUUCAAACCAGCUGCACGCGGCGGUGGUGGAGCUGUCGGCUGGCGCCAACGCGGAGAUAAAGUACAGCACGGUGCAGAACUGGUACAGCGGCAACGAGGAGGGCGUCGGGGGCAUCUACAAUUUCGUCACCAAGCGCGGCCUCUGCCAUGGCGCCAAUUCCAAGAUCUCCUGGACGCAGGUGGAGACUGGGAGCGCGAUCACAUGGAAGUAUCCGAGCGUGGUGCUCAAGGGGGACAACAGCGUUGGCGAGUUUUACUCUGUUGCGCUGACAAACAACCACCAGCAGGCGGACACGGGUAGCAAGAUGAUCCACGUUGGCCGUAACACGCGCAGCCGCAUCAUUAGCAAGGGCAUCUCCGCCGGCCAGUCGCGCAACUGCUACCGCGGCCUCGUGCAGGUGCAGCCGACGGCUGUGGGCGCGCGCAACUUUUCGCAGUGCGACUCCAUGCUCAUCGGCGACACCGCCGGCGCCAAUACCUACCCCUACAUCCAGGUGCGCAACGAGAGCGCGCGUGUGGAGCACGAGGCGAGCACGAGCAAGAUCGGGGAGGACCAGCUCUUCUACUUCCAGCAGCGGGGGAUCGACCCCGAGCAGGCAGUUGGAACCAUCAUCUCGGGCUUCUGCGCGGACGUCUUCAACAAACUGCCGGAUGAAUUUGCGCAGGAAGUCAACGCCCUCAUGAGCCUCAAGCUGGAGGGCUCCGUUGGCUAAGCAAGGGAUCUAUCUGUCUCUGUUGUCUUUGAACCACGAGAGAUUGCAAGUUUGCAAGCAUUCUUCAGAGAGCUUGCCCAAAGGCAGAUAAGGGGUUUAUCAGCACUCAGUGCGAAUUCCUAUGGUUGGGCUUGGCUGAGGAAUAUUCAGCCUCUGAUUAAUCAGCCUCUGUUGGGCUGGGUGCGUCCAAAUCAAGUGCAUGAUGACAAUGUGCUGGGGCAAUUGCCCUCCAGAGGAGAAGUAUGUUGAGCGUAUGAACAUACCUGCAUGCCUGGCGCGCAGUUGAGCUUGAAAUUCAAGAAGACGCGGUUGACAGCAGAAACACUAAACAGGGUUCCCCGAGCAGGGAUUGCGUGCAAGCGGUGUCCAUCGUCUGCAUGGUGGAUGUCGAUGGACAAGCUGUUUCGAUUGUGUUGCACCAGCAUGCAUAUCAUGCAUUAUUUAAGGCGCAAAUUGCGCAACCUGUAAUUAAUUUAGAGAACGGACAUC